UUCCCUUCCCCCGCCCCCCAGCUGAGAGCUGCGGCAGGGAAGCGACCGGGAGGGGCAGGGGGCUGCAGCACCAGCCAGGCUGCCCCUGGGAGAGGCUCGCCAUGGCCUCUGCGAAGGGGGAGCGCGCCGAGGAGCUUCCCCCCGACGGCACGUGCGAUGUCUGCGAGCCCGAUGAAGCCCAGAGCGCGGUGGGGGUGUGCGAGGAGUGCGGCUUCUCCUUCUGCCAGCCCCACGCCGAGGAGCACGGCCAGAAGUACGCGGCCCACCGCCUGCGGGGCCCUGCCUCGGGCCGCGAGGAGGCGGGGGAAGAGGCGCCCAAGCUGGAGCGGAAGAAGUGCGAGGAGCACGGGCAGGAGCUGAACCUGUACUGCAAGGAGCAUGAGAAGAUCAUCUGCGUGCUGUGCGCCGUCACCGGCACCCACCGGCAGCACCAGCUCAUCACCCUGGAUGAAGCCUACCAGGCCAUGAGGAAUAGAGAACCUGUUGACCUGAAGGUGGCCAUGCUGGAGAUGGUGGAAAGGUUAAAGUUCAAGUGUGCAGACCCUAAAGUGACUCGGAGUGAGAUGAAACUGUGUGUUCAGCAGGAGUUUGACACUGUACGGCAGCUGGUCUGUGAGGAGGAACGGAAAGCUCUACACCUAGUGGACCUCCAGGAAGCGGUGGCCACUGCUCAUGUGACAGAGGUGCUGGCAGAAAUCAACAUCCACAUGGCAAAGCUGAUGACUGAGAUGGCAGAGAUCAGAAGGCAGCUGAACACCUUCAAUGAGUUAGCCCUGCUCAAGCCUGAGAGCAACGAUGAGGAACCCAGUGAUGUUACUCCUGAUUUGACACUGGGAGCUAAUCCUUUCCCUCCUGCCUCUCCUUCCCGAGGGAACAGACGAUAUGAUGACAAGGACCCAUCGUCGGCUAACGGGCCCUGCUGAGACAAGACGGGUUUAGCUGCGGUGGAGACGUUACAGAAGGAUCCUCUCCACACAGACUCCAUGUGAUGAAGAGAAUGCAGGAAGAGGGUCUUAAGUCACGCAACUGCAGCACAAGCAGCAGCAACUGUUUCCUCCCUUUACUUUGCUGUAUCUUUGGAUCUCCUAGAUAAAAAUGUGAUCCUUCCCCACACCUAUCCUUUGGGAACACACUUACUGUCACGCCUAGUGACAUAUGUGCUGAUCCGCCUUUUCUUAAGAGGACAAAUGUCCUGCAAAGAUAUGACACUGGGCUUUGAAAAUGUGGAGCCAGUAAUUAAAAUGAAGAAUGCAGUACAGUAGAAAGUAGAAAUGAGCAUCUAAAAGCCACAGUGGUGUUUUUACUGAUGGGGGUUAUUGAGGACUUCAGUUUAAUAAUUCAGUGCAGCUAAGAUUAAUAAAUGAUAGGAGGUGGAAAUGGUCUUUCAGGAAGAAGGAUUGGAGUGGCAUGUUAACUGUUUAAUUCAGUGUGUUAUGAAAAAUGGUGCAUGAAACACUGUAUAAUGACUGGGCACGGUCCUAAGGUUUCUGAGCCUUGUAGGGGGGAGAAUGUGUAUCAUGAAUGACGUUUAUGCCUCAUGAGAGAGGCUGUCUGAGUACAAGCUAGAGAGUCAUGGAUGCCAGCUCUGACACUGCCUUCCCACAGGGCUUCCUGCAAGUCUCUUCAUCUCUCUAUCUCGGUCUCUUCACCUGUAGCAUGGCAUUGGCUCUCAUUUUCCAGGACAGAGGGCUGCCACAGGGAACUCCCAUAAAGUGCUCAUCUUCAGGUUUCCCACUUGUAGCAAAUCACAGCCCCUGAGCACUUGAUACAUUGCCAUUCCCUGCCACCCCUACUACCCUCUUUGCUCCACCUGUCUGUAAUGCCAGUGAAUUCCAGCCCUGCUUAAUGAAAUGGCUUCAGGAGAUGUAGGGUAAGAAGUUAGAUAGGGGUCUGUGCAGCUCAGAGACCCAUUCUGCCACCAUGUACUACAGGUCAUUGGCCCAGAUCUACAAAGAGGCCUAGGUGCCUAAAUACUUAAUCAUUAGGCCAGAGAGAGAAAAAUGACAGUCAUCUGGUGGAUACGGUAUCCAACAGGGAGAUGGGAGACCCAGAGUCCAGUCCCCUGCUCCAGUGAACUUUUAACUUAUCCAACGUGGAACAGCUUCAACAGAAGAGAUAACAGGUGCCUCUGCCCUCCCCAUUAGAAUAUCCCAUAGCUCAGUAGUUAGAGCACUCUCCCGAGAAGUGGUUGUCCCUGUUCAAAUCUUUUCUACCCCUCAGGCCAAGAUGGAAAUUGAACCUGGCUCUCCCACAUCCCAUCUAACCAUUGAAUUUACUGUCAGGGAUGUGGGAUGUCAUAAUAUGCAUGCACAUGUUACCUUGGCCUUCUCAAACAUGUGCCCAUAUAUUCUCCAGGUACCUCUUGCACUAUCAUACAUUUAGUUUAUGCCACUCAGUUUGUUUAGUUUUGACUUAAAUACAAACAAACCAAUAAAACUUCUGCUUUCUUUUUCCCAUUUGAUCAUUAAUUAGUAUUGAAGAACUGGGCCAAAUUCACUACUGAUGUAAACGAAUCCAAUUCCAUUGAAGCCAGUGGCGUAAUCCUGCUUACAGUAGUUGCGAAUUGGGCUCUGUGAGUUCAAUGGUAUAGAUGGAAUUAAUGACUUCCUAAGGUGCAGUAUAAGGUGUCAGUUUCUAGACUAGCUUGAAAUUGAAUAUCAAGCUUUGGGAAACAGAUGGGUUACUCAUAGGUAUACAAAUAGCAACAUCAAUGGAAACAGGCGUGUGCAUAAGGGAAGCAACUGUGGCCCUGAAUCUCUAAACAACAGAAUCCAUCCAGUAAACAGGAUUGUCACAAAUCUCAGAAAUUCACAGGAUUUUUGUUUUUAAACAGCUCCCAUAGGGAGGUUUUUUUUUCCUCCUCAGCAGCACAGGGUUUUGCAGGCUACACCAUUUAGAUAGAAUUCAAGGGGAAAAGAUAUUUUAAUCACUGAGUGAAACAAAUUUUUACUUCCUAAAAUUAAAAAAAAAUCACAAUUUGCAUAAAAAUGAAGACUAUCAUCCAGAAACCUGUUAUACAAAACUCAAUAAUCCAGACAGAAAGAGGCACUGCAAUAUAUUUUGGAAAGGUUUCUGAUCUCUUUUGCAGUCUCAUGGGUCUAGGACACCUGGUAAAAACUUGAAGCAGAGAGAGCAUUAAAUACAGAGCAAUGGCUUGUACAGAAUGGCCCACAAUUUCUGUUUUAUGCAUCUGAUCAAUUUAAAUCCUGUGAUAUUUCCCAUGAUUGCUCCAGCAGCUUUCCAUAAGCUACACAGUGCCAUGUUAGUCCUUCAGCAUAAGAAUUACAUUGUUUCCAUUUUGUUCUUAAGCCAUACUGUGGAAGUGCAGAUGUAUUAUUCAGAUUGGAUUGAAUUGUAUUUUGAUUUGACAUGUGCUGCAGUGCUCGCAGAAAUACCAAGUAAGCCUUUAUCAGGGGAGCAGGUAACAGCUUCUGUCAUGAAUCAGGAGCUGAAUAAGAAUGACUGGUUGCUAUCCAAACAAAAUAAAAAGUUCGUUUUUAGCAUGGCUCAUUAAAAUGAUGGUGCACCCAACUGGGUAAUACCUACAGGAUUUCUCUUCUGUUGCUAUCAGGGCAUUGAUACAGCUACAUUGAGAGGAAAUAGAUGAAAUAACAUUUAAUUCCCACUGCUUUGCUCCCCAAACUCCCUGUGUUGUAAACAAAUGCCUCUGCCACUGGGUUGCAAAGAUGGACAAAGCAAAGUACUUUAUGGACAUGAAUUAAUCUCACAGCCUCCCUGUGAGAUAAAUGAUUGUUAUCCUAAUUUGACAGGCAGGAAACUGAAGCAUUUAAACAGCUAAGUGACUUGGCCAAGGUCCCUCAGUGACAGAGCGGGGAAUAAAACCCAAAGCCCUUGACUCCAUCGAGUUUUCUAACCACUACCCAACAAGAUCCAUCUUGUUUGAUUCUCUUCCCUGCUGUUUACAUUAAUAGGAACCUUGCUGUAUCCUGCCCUGAAUGUGUAGUAGUUAAUGUCUGAUGCAGUGUUAGAAAAAAAACACAGUAUCUAGACCAAAGGAUUAAAAAUAUUAAACUCAUGGACAUACUGGAAACUCAGCUGAUGUUAGCAUGAAGCACUCUUGGCUGUCCAGACAUUAGGCUUGUAUCAUUGCAGCCUUAAAUAUAUUUUUCUCCAACCAAGGAAAACUUGGCUCCUACUUUUGCCAUUUAUGCUAAAAUGCAUAAAGCUAAAAGACACUCCUGUCAAUAAGGCUGCUUAUGUAAAAUUCCCUUUGCUGCAGUUCCAGGGACAGAACCAUUGCAUUAUAAUGGAGGUUUCAACUCCCAUGCUGCAAAUACUGCACAGCUUUUGGAUAAAUCUGUCUUCCUCAUUUAGCUUUGGCUCCCAUGAAGGAGGAUGAUUGGAAUGCCAAUUAAUCUCCAUAAAAGCCACAAAUCAAGCUCCAUCAUAACUAAAGAGUGCUCAAUGUGGUGUCAUCAUUACUUACCUCUGGGUGAACAUGAGAACCGGGGCACUCAAUCUGGGCCUAACUGCAAGUGUCACAAAUUACUUGUAGUUGAGAGAUUAGCUCAUUAGUUGAGGGCCUUUUGCACUGGGAGCCCCAGGAAUUCUGAUGCAAUGUGACACUGCAGGAAUGGAGUGAGAAGAAAACAUGCUUCUGAACCAGCCAAAAUCACAAACAGUAGGAUCUCUCUUUGGGUCUUGCUGUGCCACUCUGAUGAUUAGCUAAAAGAGGAGAGGAUUCCCUGGGUAGAGCCUUCUCUGCUAUAAUCCAUAUCCCACAAUCUAUCUUUAUUUAGGCCCUGAUUCUGCAAAGCUCUUAAGCCUAUGCUUAACUUCAAGUACAUGCUUAAGUCCCAUUGAAGCUAAUCAUGUGUUUAAGUUCUUUAAGUGGAAACCACCACUGAUUAAUAACUACUCUUGUUCAGUUGCCAAAUGUUCAUCACAAGCCACAGGGGAAAUCUAUUACAUAUGACUGCCUCGGAGCUUAUUGAAAAUUAAUACAAUUUGCAGUUUCUCAAUGAAAAAUGGCAUGGUUAUUUUGUUUCUCUUUCCAGAUCUUUGAUCAGACAAAUCAGUUUCCACUCAUUUACUUUUGAGGAGGAGGUAUGCUUUGAUUAUGCACCUGGAAGUCAGGAAUUUGAGUUCUAAUUCCAACUCUGGCCUUAGGCAUGGCAUGGCAUGUAACCAGUCAGAGCCUCAGUUUCCCCAUCUGUAAAAUGGGGUUACUGAUACAAGGGUGUGGUGAGAAUUAACUAAGUUCUGUUCAAGUGCUUUCCAGAUGGAUAACUAUGUAAAUGUUUGGUUUGAUUUUUGCUAUCUAAGUCUUUUCCUUUCUUCCAACUCUUUAGACAAAAAAUCAUACAUGCCUCAGGCUCCACAGAGUGAAGCUAAUUUUUUCAUAACAUGAUUGUUUUAAAAUCCUAAACUAUAUCCAAUGACUCUUAUUUUAAUACAGUCCCAGGUUAAUUGGACUGGAACAUAUGUAUAUUUGACAACAAAGUAUAAUUAAAAUGUUCUUUCUUUAGUUAUUGAGAAAAUAAUCUGCAAACAGUCAUAACUAUGGUCCUUGUCCUACAGUCAGUUCUGUACAGGUGGACCUUGGUUCCCAUGCUGACCCCUGUUGAUGCCAGUUGAUUUACACCCACAAGCAGGGAUUUACACUAUUUGAUCCAUUUGCAGGACUGGGCCCAAAUUGUGAAGUCCUUCCUUGCUUUUCUGAGUCCUUUCAGGCAAACGUUAUCAAAGGGAAUUUGCCUGAAGCAAGACUAAAUGUGUGGGUGAUGACUUCAGGACUUUGACCCUUGGUGAGGGCAGAUAGGUGCCUCAAUAGGAGUUAAGCACCUAGGUGCUUUUGAAAUUCCCACUAGGCACCUAAGUGCACCUUUAUAUACCUAAAUGCCUUUAAAAAUCUGGCCCCUAUGCAACUCACAUAUACAGUGCUCACUGGGGGAAAAAAGAGAAUUACAUCCAUACAGAGGGUCAAAAGGCACCUCUCUGCAUUUUUAGGCACUUAGAAUAAUAAAUAGGAUAUCAGAGUUAGAAGGGACCUCAGGAGGUCAUUUAGUCCAACACGCUGCUCAAAGCGGGACCAAUCCCCAGACAGAUU